CAAACAGCAGUAAUGAAUCAUGCGAUGUAAAGCAGUCUCAUGCCUGUGCGAUGGGAAAUCCAUGGACAAUGAACACAACUUCUGCGUGUAGACUGGAGCAGUCUAGGACACGGUUCCUGAUUUUGAAUUACUCUCUGCUCUGUUUGACUUUCCUCAUCGGGACUGCGGCGAAUCUGCUCGUGUGUUGGGUCGCUUUCCGAGAUAAAAGCCUGCGCACUGGCAGCAACGCGCUGCUGGUGAACCUGGCCGCUGGAGAUCUGAUCAGAUGUUUAGUAGACUCUCCGGUGUUCUUGGCCUUGUUAGUUCUGAGAGAGAAGCGCGUGAGGAACGGCUCGGUGCUGUGCCGCGUUCAGCAGCUCACUUAUUUACUGUGCAGCUGCGCUCAGUUACUCACACUGGCGACCAUCAGCGUGGAGAGAUCCCAGACCAUCGCGUCUCCGUUUAGCACCGACAAAAGGAAAGGACGGGUCCGGAUCUGGAUCCUGAUUAUUUGGAUCUUUGCACUUACAGUCGCCGUGUCCUCUCUGAUUCUGUCCGCAGAUCCCCUGUCCUACUCAAUGUGCCGCCACCUGCACUCUUUCGACGCCUAUGUUUUGAUUCCCAUCUGGACCUUAUGUGUUAUUUUGAUAACCGUUAACUACUUGCGCAUCUUCGUCGUCGUGAAGCAGCACUCUAAUAAGAUCUUGGACUCGGGAGUGCAGCCGAGGCUGUGUGUAGUGACGCGCGUCUCAAGCGGCCGGCUGGCCCAGUCCAGUGCACUAGAGGCGGGGGGAGGUGAGGGGAACUACCCGCGCUCGGGCCCUGAGAUCGUGGGCGCUGUUUGUGUUCUCACCCCUAAAGCCAAAGCGCUGGGCAAAGCAAGAGUAGAGGGAAAAUUAGCCAAGAGACUCGGCUACAUCAUCGCAAAUGUGGUCGUGUUCUGGAUGCCGCUGGUCCUCCUACUGACACUCAGACUGGUGCUGGAGUGCACAGAGUGCUGUAUUUGGGGAAUGUGGGAGCUGGAGACCUUGGCGACAGUAUUGACGUGUGUACCUGCUGCUGUGGACCCGCUCAUAUACACGCUGCUCCAUCGCCACUUCUGCACCGAGUUCCGCAAACUCUUCUGCACCAAUCAGAGCUGCUGAUAACUGAUUGACCAAUCAGGAGCCGGCUCUGUGAAGAAGAUGAAGCCUUGUUUGAUCUGUAUCAAAUCUACUAAUCUAAAACAUCUACUGGGAUAAGAAAGGUUUAAUAUUCUGGUCUUGAAACAGAAAUAUAUGGUUAGAAGGCAAAGCUUCUUUAAUAAUUAGACCAGAUUUUUGACUCCUUUUUGUGUUUUCAUUAAUGAUGAAUGCAAACCAAAAUUCCCAGAUGAUAGUUUCUCUCUGAAAGAGCAUUCAGGGAUCUGCACAAAAUCACAUAAUUAAAACCAUUGCAUUUAUAAUGCCUGCACUUGACAUAGACUGGGGGCUUGGAUUCAUGAACUACCACACAUUACUUCUCAAGAAAUUGUGCCUGAUAACCUUUUUAGAAACGCACAGAUUUAUGUGUUCAACUUGUAUAAACAUUUUGUAGGUCUAUUAAGGUUCUGUGUUUGUGUCCAGAAGGUUACAAGGUCAAAUCCCACACCUUCUAGCAGGCCACUGUUGAGCCCUUGGAUUGUGCUUCACUUGUAAAUCCUGUUGGAUGAAAGCGACUCCUGAAUUAAUAAAUAUAAAUGUACAAACAGCACCAAACACUAUUUAUUUAUUUAUUUAUUUGGUGUAAAAUCUAUGUUUAAUAUAAGUUGAUACAGACAUUUAAAACAUGUAAUUGAUAAAGAGAGAAAUGAAUAACUUUCUGCUUCUUUGACUAACCAGGAAGUGUUUGGGCUAGCUGUUUUAAAAUGCAAAGGACUCUCAGUACUUUUAUGCAUCGAGACCACAGAAAUAUACAGAACUGCGUAAAUGUCAGAGACCACCCUUUCGUUUUCAAUCAAACGGUCAUUUGGUACUUAUUGCUAAUUAUUUAAUGGCAAAGAAUAAUGAUGGGAAAAUGUACAGUACAUUCAUUCUAUGUUCAGCCAUGCAGUACUUUAUGCAGAUCAAUAUGCAAGUGCAUUAAUAAACAAAUAAAACAUGUUUUCUUUACCUUUGUGUCAUUUAUGAGCAAUAACAAACAGUAAUGAUGGGAAAAUGUAAUUAACAGAAAGUUUAUUCUGGAAUAAUACAGUAAAUAUUUGAUUUGUAAUAUUAUUAAUUAUUAAUAUUAACAUUGGCUUGUAUAAAUUAGUACUGAAUGGCCAUUUGAGUGGAAACAAAAGGGUGGUCUCUGACUUUUGCACAAUUCUGUAGGUUCUGACAAUUCUAUGAUUUUAAGAUCACAGAUUUGGGCCUUAAGCUCUGAUCUUCAAUACGGACCAAGCAGAUGUAACUUUUCAACUAUUUGUUUCAUACUUGUAAUUGUAAAACACAUGUUUUCAGACUCACAUACACCGAUCAGCCAUAACAUUAAAAUCACUGACAGGUGAAGUGAAUAACAGUGAUUAUCUCUUUACAGUGGCACCUGUCAAGGGGUGGGAUAUAUUAGCCAGUUCUCAAAGUUGAAGUUGGAAACAGGAAAAAUGGGCAAGUGUAUUGACCUGAGCGACUUUGACAAGGGCCAAAUUGUGAUAGCUAGACGACAGAGUAUCUCCCAAACAGGUCUUGUGCGGUGUUCCCAAUAUGCAGUGGUUAGUAUGUACCAAAAGUAUGGACAACCAGUGAACUGGCAACAGACCAUAGAGCAAUGGAUGAAAGUGGUCUGGUCUGAUGAUUCAUGUUUGCUUUUACAUGUGGAUGGCUGGGUACAUGUGCGUUGUUUACCUGGGGAAGAGAUGACACCAGGAUGCACUAUGGGAAGAAGGCAAGUCGGCGGAGGAAGUGUGAUGCUCUGAGCAAUGUUCUGCUGGGAAACCUUGGGUCCUGGCAUUCAUGUGGAUGUUACUUUGAUAGGUACCACCUACCCAAACAUUGUUGCAGACCAAGUACACCCCUUCAUGACAACGGUAUUCCCUAAUGGCAGUGGCCUCUUUCAGCAGGAUAAUGCACCACUGCAAAAUAAUGCUACACUGCAAAAUAUGUUCAGGAAUGGGUUGAGGAACUUGACAAAGAGUUCAAAAUGUUGUCUUGACCUCCAAAUUCCCCAGAUAUCGAUCCAAUCGAGCAUGUGUGAGAUGUUCUGGACAAACAAAUCCAGUCCAUGGUGGCCCGACCUCACAGCUUACAGGCCUUAAAGGAUCUGCUGCUAACGUCUUGGGGACAAAUACCACAGCACACUUUCUGAGGUCUUGUGGAUUCUAUGCCUCAAUGGGUGAGAGCUGUCUUGGCAUCACAGGGGGGACCUACACAAUAUUAGACAGGUGGUUUUAAUGUUAUGGCUAAUCUGUGUAUAUUCAGUAGUAUGUAACAUUUAAAAUAUUAACAAAUUUUUGCCAAAACGUCCGAUAAAACCUUAUAAUAUGAAGGUCUCAAGAUCUGGAGAUUUUGGUGAAUUCCAAGUUCAUCCCUGAUUUGAUUAGACAUAAGAAUGAUAUCUGAAUGAAAAAUUGCAC